UAAAGUUGACUAGGUUGCUUCUUCGUCCCCUCCCUGCUUUUCAGUGUGCUCAAUUCAGCUCACAAAUCACUAGUACUAUAAAUAAGGCAACCACAAAUCCAUCAAUCUCAUUCGCAAAUUCAAUAUUUUUCUCUUUAUUCUGAAUUUGAAGUGUUGAUCUGCUACUCACUUCAAUUCACUAAAUUCAGAUCUCGAGAUGAUGAAAGUAGUUCUGAAGUUGGAGUAUCUAGAUGACAAAGUGAAGCAAAAGGUCAUGAAAAAAGUAUCUGGCGUGGAAGGGGUAGACUCAGUAUCAAUAGAGACGAAGGACAAAAAAUUGACAGUAACAGGAAACGUAGAUCCAGUUGAAUUAGUUACAAAAUUGAAGAAGUUGUGUCACACAGAGAUACUCUCUGUUGGACCAGCAAAAGAGGCAGAAAAGAAGAAAGAAGAGCCGAAGAAAGAGGAAGCAAAGAAGCCGGAUGAGAAGAAGAAAGAGGCAGCAGCAACAAAGGCAUAUUCAGAGCUAGCUCACUAUCACUAUCAAUAUCAGCGACCUUAUCCUCACUACCCGACCCCUGUUCCUGCUCGUUAUCAGCACCAUUACAGUGUGGAAGAGGAUCCAAAUUCUUGCGUUAUCUGCUAACUUCAGGCUUCACAUUGCGUUUACUCGAGUAAUUCAAUCUUCACACAAGUUCUUUCGGGAAUUUUAUCAUACAGUUGGUGUGUGUUCAAUUAUCAUACAACCUCUCUACCUCAAAGAAGUCGUAAAAGUCUGUGUGCACUUUAUGUAUUAUAUUUGUUUGAAGACUUGGAAGCUAAGAACACAAAUUGUUUUUGGAUUGAUUUUCGCCUGGAAAAAAAAGAAGAUAAAAAAAAGGACGGAAAAUUAUGUCUAGCAUAAUACAUAAUGUACUUUUUAACUUGGCUUUAGCCAUCAUGUGUUUCAAUUUUGAAGGUAUACAAAUAGAUAUUUAAAUCAUUCAA